AUGGGAUCUCACACAGUCUCAGCUCAACCACAUGUUCCUCCGGCAGGAGUGUGGUGUCCUGCCGUCACUCUUUUUCAUCAUGAGACGGACAGCUUAGAUCUCGAGUCGCAGUCGCAAUAUUUUCGCUACCUCUCGCAGACUGGACUGGCCGGUCUAGUGAUUCUGGGAACCAACUCUGAGGCAUUCCUACUGACUCGCGAAGAGCGCUCUCAGCUCAUCUCAACCGCACGUGCCGCAGUCGGCCCCAACUUUCCCCUCAUGGCGGGUGUCGGGGCACACUCAACCAAACAGACCCUUGAGUUCGCCCGGGAUGCUGCUGCAGCCGGUGCCAACUAUUUGCUCGUCCUUCCUCCGGCAUACUUUGGCAAAGCCACGAGUAUGGCCGUGGUGAAACGCUUCUUCUCAGAGGUUGCAGCUAAAGCUCCGCUGCCCGUGGUGGUAUAUAACUUCCCAGGUGUGUGUAAUGGAGUUGAUAUGGACUCAGAGACUAUCGCUACGAUCGUGCGGGAAUCAGCCGCCUCUCAACCCAAUGGCCGGUCAAACGUGGUCGGCGUGAAGCUGACGUGCGGCUCAGUCGGCAAGAUCACACGCCUGGGGGCAACAUUUACCCCGCAAGAAUUUGCGACAUUUGGCGGACAAUCUGAUUUUCUCGUCGGUGGCUUAGCUGCUGGUAGCGUGGGAUGUAUCGCAGCCUUUGCCAACGUGUUCCCUAAGACUGCAUCACGGAUCUAUGCGCUGUAUCAGAAGGGUCAAUUGGAAGAAGCACUGCAUCUCCAGCAGAAAGCAGCCCUAGCCGAGAGCCCCAUCAAGAGCGGCAUCGCUUCAACCAAGUAUGCAGUUGCCUGCUAUUCGGCCCCAUCGGCGGGGAUCCAGGGAGCCGAGGAGAAGUUGCUACCUCGUCAUCCGUAUGAGGGUGUUGGCGAGUCAGUCAAAAGAUCUGUUCGAGAAGUGAUGGCUGAAGUGGCAGGCAUUGAGAAGAGUCUGUAA